AUGGCUCUUCCACUCAUUGUUCGCACCUGGGCUAUUUUAACCACCAUGCUGAUAAAGCACAGAGGCACCAGCCCCCGAGUGCUAAGAGAUCAAUUAGGUAACCCCCUUGCUUCCGGGGACCAUAAUUCCAUCCAGGACUCCCAUCCCCAUCCCCAGUCUUUGCCCACCAGCUUCCUGGGGCUCCACAUUCUGUCCCUGAACCUUACCCACACCCGGCAUGACAGGAAUUUAGUGCCUCGUGCUGCUGUUGCUGCCGCUGCUUCUAUGGCUAUUGCACCUUAUAAAUAUACGUCCAGGGUCCACAGCCCUCACUCUGCCAUCCAGCUUCUGCAGGCAUCCCAGCCUGCAGUCCACGUGCAGGGGCAGGAGCCAGUGACCGCCUCCAUGCUGGCCAUUGCAUCCCGCCACCAGGAACAGAAGCAGAUGCUGGGGAAACAUUUGUUCCUGUUCAUCCAGACCAUGCAUGCAAACCUGGCUGGGAAGAUUAUGGGGAUGCUGCUGGAGAUUGACAACUCAGAGCUGCUGCACACGCCGGAGCCCCCGGAGACUCCUCCCAAAGUGGAUGAAGCUGUGGCGGUCCUACAGGCUCAUCACGCCAAGGAAGAAGCUGCCCAGAAGGUGGGUGCUGUUGCUGCUGCUACCUCUUAA